AUGGGGACAUACUUCAGUGGCCGUUGCCGUUGUAGAGAGGUGGUCGUUGUAGGAAGGUUUAAGAAAGAAUCGUAUGAAACAGGAAAGAGACGUAUGGACUUUCCGGCAGGACAAAAAAAAAUGGCCGUUGUGGAGAGGUGGCCGUUAGUGAAGGGUCGACAGUAUACCCUGCAAAGCAAAAAAAAACUUUCGUGCUAAAGGGCUUGGUCAUUUCGAAUUGACUAUAAUCGAAACUCUAAUUAAAACAAGGCGAAAAUCGACAACACCCUCAACAAAAUGAUUUAAUGUUACAGGGAAGCACUCGCAAAAAUGGCCAAUUUAAAUUGAUAAUUACAAUACGUUAGAUUCUGUGUCAGAUGUCGCCCUAAACUAAAUCAGUAUAGUAUGCUAUUAUGGAUUCUAGCCUGUUUCACCCGAAAAGGUUUGACUUUAAUAUCGGCGAGAACUGUAUCAACCAUUCCCAUCAACUCACCGCUUAAGCUGGCAGUACAGGCGUUAGUUGAGUAGACACGUACUAACUUUAUGCAAAUGUUUAAGUUUUUUUUUAGUGAAAUAUCAAAGCACAUCUUACGCUCAUGUGCAACAAAGGCAGUGCGGUAUAUUAAGUAAUGGCUUAACUGAAUAUUUUCACUGGAUUUACUGAUUAAAGUAAAACGACAAUGUGAAAUUUUAUUCAUUAAUUUUGACGCAGGGUCGAGGCAGUCCGGCCAAAUUACCGAGCGGUGCUCUUCGUGUUAAAAUUGCUUUUUCUCAAAAAACCUGAUACAAUUUUCUUUUCAGUCUAAUAUCUGGUAAAUAUUUUUUUAGUCCAAUAUCAGUAGCACAUCUCACGUCCAUGCAAUAAAGGCAAUGUAGUAAUGGCUUCAUUGAAUAUUUUCAUUGUAUUUAGAACAAUCAGUAAAGCGACGCAGUGAAAUUUUAUUCAGUAAUAAGUUUGGCGCGCAAUGUCGAAGCACUCAAGCACUUGUGUCCUUUGUGUUGAUUUGCUUUUUCUCAAACCCUGCUGCAUACUUUUGUUCUAGUCAUAUUUCUGCGACAUAUUUUAAUCCAGUCUAAUAUUACAAAACAUGUCACAUCAUCCAUAUAAUACAAUAAAAGACAAUGCAAUAACGGCUAAAUUGAAUAUUUACAUUGGAUUAAAGAAUUUCAGUAAAGCGACGCGAUGUGAAAUUUUAUUCUAAUCAUUUAUUUUGGCGCACAGGUUCGAAGCACUCAAACAAAUUCGAGUGGUGCCCUUUGUGUUGAUUUGCUUUUUCUCAAAAUCUGCUGCACAUAACUUUUUCUUUUUUGACUGGACUGUAGAUAGACAAGUAGGUAAAUAUUAGUAAGAAAGCAGAAGACGACUGAGUAAAAUCGACAACUUUAUUUAUCAAGCAAACAUAAAUAGUGCGGGAAAGCAAGCUUUAGUAUAAGUCAAAAUACGUUCUAUUAUCGUAAAUCGCUUGAAUCAUUUUGUUUUCCUUUUUUAUUUAUGUUGUUUUUGUUGUGAACUUUUUAAUUUACAAUGAAUGACAAAACAUUAGCUUGGAAAAGUACAUAAAUCGAUAUUAUAGGUGGAAGCAAGUUCAGAUCAGUUAUCUUAUUUUUAAGCCGAGUUAUGUGUUCCUUAAACGAUAGGGACAGGUCUAGGUAUAUGCCUUGACACUUACAACAAUGGUAGGUCAUGGAGCGAACAGAAAGUACUUGUUUAGCUUUAUUAACUUUCUUCCUCUCUUCGCCGCGAGUUUCAGUUUGAAGGUUUUUCUUCAAUUUUGUCUUUUACUUAUCCAGUUCCUUUUUGGACAAAAAACCAGGUAGCUCUUGCGCAGACUCGAAUAGUCUGAAAUGCCAUCCGUCUUUUUGCCCCACCCUCGAAUGGGCGGUACCAAACCCUCUGCGCACGUUGGGUGGUUGGGCGAAGAGACGGAUGACAUUUCAGACCAAGGCUCAAAAACCAUAGGGGCUUCUGUUCACACAGAGGACGGUGAUUGCGGCGCUGUUUGUGAGCAAAGCUACGCCGCGCGGAUCUUGAAAGUGGAUCGUCAUAUAUUGAUACGUUUCUGUGCCACUCUUUGGCCCAGUGUAAACAGGUGUCCAUACCAGGUGUGCUAUACUACUAGCUGUCCAUACCAGGUGUCCUAAGAUUUUUUGUUGUCGAAUUUAACCAGUAUUUAGACAUCCGACCCCUGAACUCUUUGGUUUAUAAUCUUGGUUUCUCAGGUUUUAAACUUAGUCGCAUCGUUAAGUGCAGAGUAAAGUCCAGUUUAGUUCGACCAAGCGAUUUCUAUUUUGAUCCUCUAAAAAGAUGGUAUAUAGUGAUUCUGAGUUUUUUAAUCGCAAGUGUCGAAUCGUUCUGUCAUAAAUAAAACAAAUCGUAAACUGUUCAAAUCGUAUCCUUUUUUGAAGAUGUUAAGGUGUUUCAAUACAGUUUUUCGGAGGCCAUCCUGGUAUUUUUCAAUCGCUUUAAAAAUGAUUUUAUCACUAUGAAAUUUUCACCACUGACUGAAUUUGGAUUGAAGUUUGUCAAAAUGUAGUUUAAGUAAAAUUGAUAUCACUAUGACAACAAUGAACAAAACGCUUUGAAAUCGAAAAAUGUCGAGUUUUGUUUGACCUGCUAUUGACCACUACAGAAAGUACCAUAACACACCAUAAUGCUCUUUGUUUGUCACCCCAAAAUUUUACUUAAGCAUUGUUUUCAGUUUCUCUUGGGGCCAUUUUAACUCCCGAGAGAAAAUGAAAGCAAUGCUUAUGCAAAAUUUUGGGGUGUCAAACAAAGAGCUAGCAUUAUGGUAUGUUAUGGUAUUUCCUGAAGUGGUCAAUUAAGCAGCAUUGGAUGGAUGAAUGAAUGAAUUUAAUGAUUAAUUGAAGAUAACCGAUUGCUGGAAAACUUGUAAGAGUUUUUUUUUUUUUCAAGAUUGUAAGCUAAAAUGCAAUCAUAUCUUGAUAACAAGCUUUUGAAAAGUAUAAAAACAAGAGAGGCAUAAUUCAAUGAAAAACAAAAUUCUAGAUUCAGACAACAAAAAUGGAAACAGAACUAAAAACUACAUUUUGAGAGUCAGUCAGAAUUUAGAGUCAGUCUGUGGUGAAAAUUUCAAAGCGAUCGAACGGGGAAAAAAUCAUUUUUAAAGCGAUUGAAAAAUAUCGGUAUGGCCUCCGAAAAACUGUAUUGAUGUGAAACACCUUAUGAACAUCAGAUGAUCAAUGAAAGGGGAGCGCAGAAUUACCCUGGUUCUAUGAGUUUUUCUCGAAAAAUUUCCGCGACUAAAGGCGAGAAAAAAAUGCUCUUGAUAUUAAUAUAUUACUGAUCCCAUUUGGACUUAUCUGCCGGAUAUUUGCUCCUGUUAAAUAUGUGUUGUAGUUAAUUUUUUAUCUCAGGUAAUUUUUAUUUUUCUUUUGUUUCAACUUCAUUAGCAUAUAUUACCAUACCCAAAAACAAAAGAAAAAUAAAAAUUACCUGAAAUAAAAAAUUAACUACAACAUAUGCUCUACAUGUCAAUCCGAUUUUUCGUGCAAAGUGGAGAUGUUAUUGAUAAAUGAAUAGAAAAAGCUAACAUUUAUUGGCGGACAACAGAGUUUACUUCAAGUCAACAUGUACGACAAGACACAUAUUAACAAAAGCUGUCCAUGUGGGCAUUUUCCGUAGGAUUAUCAAUUUGCGCAGAGCACGUCAUCAAAAUUCGAAUUGAUCGCUCAUGAUUUAGUUGAAAGAGCUGGACACCCUAAUGGUGGGCCUGACCCCACUAUUUGUAUCGAAAACAAUUUUUAGCUAUUUUUUCACACUUUUUUAUGAGUACGAAAUUAAUAGACAAGUUGAAUAGAUACUAUUCAGUCGCCCGAGAGUUUGAGGUAAGAUUGCCAGGAAAGGCUAUCGAGAAGAUAACAGGAAGAGGUAAUUAUAAAGUUCCGGUGAACACAACGUACAUGGCUUAUUCCCUUGCCUUGGAUCUAUUUUGAAAAUGAAAGUAUUAUGUUUUAACAGAUUAAAAGACAAAGUUAACUUUUUUCUGGCUUCUCGGGAGAAAUUUUUGAGCCAAAAAAUUUAAAAUAAAAAAGUAUGUGAUGUCCACGAUGACAUUGAACCCCAAAGCAAACGGAAUCCAUAUCGCUCCAGGUGACGGGACACGCCUUUGUCAUAGGCACUUUACUUUGCAAUUACCUAAUAAGAUGUUUCCGUAAUAUUUGUUCCUUUUUUUUAUGUUUGUUUGACUGACAUCUUGUGCCAAAUUGGUUGAAGAAAAGUUGAGAUUGGUUUCAGUCGUAGACAAUCGAGGCUAAAUUUAGGCUUAACUCCUGUCCUUCGCUUCGUAUAGUUUUUAUCAUCCACGUUCCUCUCAGUUUAUUCGCAAGAGCACUUUGUUGUAAGUAACGAAUAUUUUUCUCUAUCUGUUUUAAAGUAAAUGUGCAAAAAAGGUGUUACGUUAUGGUACUUUAAAAUACCUUCAAUUUGGGCCGUGGUGAAAAAGCUAUUGUCUUGGAGUUUUCCAUUAGCAGAGAAGAGCUAAAUAGCAGUCAGCAAUAACUGUUUGGAAGCGAGUUUCCCGCAAAAGUUACUUUAUUUAUUAUUAAUUUCGUUUCACUUUAUUAUUUCAAGUUAUGCGAAUAAUUCAGAAUCCGAUCACCAAGGUUAAAAAAGGUUUCGGCUCUGGUGGAGGGUUUUCGAAGAGCGGCACUAAACGUAACCCAUUGCAGCGGGUAUCCUAGGACCUAAGCAUCUCUGUUUUUCUCCCUGUGUAAAGUUUUUUAUAAAUGCUUGUUCUCCUUAGCGAAGUAGAGAACAUCUGCCUGUUAUAUAAAUGACGAGUUCUCUCAAAAGACCGCCCUCUUUCUUUUAUGUAGGUUGGCCUACACUUUAUUGUCCAGUCCGUUCCGGCGUAAGAAGAUUUUAAACCAUAAAAAAAGAUUAAAAGUAAUUUAAUUCUACCGCAGCUGGUUAUGUCUUUUUAAUGAAAAGACUUUUUAAAUCAAAAUUCAUAACAUUUCCGGCUGACUACAAGAAAGCAAUUUGACCCUGAGCUUUUAGGAAAUUAACAAAACAAACUGAGCUAAUAACGAAAGCCAAUAAAUUCAGUUUCAUUAAAGCUUCCGUUUAAUCGUUGAUGUCAAAUGUAAAAGCGCAGCGACAAGAUGGGCAUUUUCUAGACUGGUUCUUCAUUUAUAAGACCAAUUGGGACCUUGGUAAGCAGUAAACUGGAAUAAGUAUUGAUAAUAUAAGUACUGAUUCGAUUUGCUAUUACAAGGGAGGCGACCGCUUAAAUAAGAAUAGGGAUUCAGUUGCCAUCACUGGCACUGGGCUGGAUGGUGCGCCAAUUACACUGAGGCGUUAUUGACUUUUUAUUGCCAAAUUAUUCUUCGUGCUUUGAGUUAGAGACUAAAAAGAGAUCGGUCUAUAAACAUUUAUUAAUUGAUUAUAGUAAACAAUUGUUCAAUAAGUGAUUUUUGAAAUGGAAAAAAAAAAGAAAGAAACAAGAUGGAAAAGAAAAAUAGAAAGAAAAGGAAAACGACAGUCACUUAAUAACAAGCCAUAGAAACUUACUAUGCAGAACAAGUUAGGUCUUUCACUGAAACCGGGGAUUUAACAAUAAAGUGUGCGGGCUAAACAAUCGUCUCCGUCGUUACUGGGUUAAUCGAAGCAACCCUAACAUUCGUUUAUACUUUAUUGUGUAAAGUGUUCAGUUAUAAUUCUAAUAUAUGAUAUGAAUUAAUCGCAGUUUAUGUCAGGUAUACUUUAACCUUCAUCGUCAUGGGGCGUAAUAUUUCCUGACUUUGCUGCGCUUUUCAAAAACACGCGAAUUCUGAAAUUCAAAAGCCAAGUCACGUUUGCGUUCUUCAAUGCCGUUAAUCAUCUUAGCGGACCUCUUAGGUAACAGAACUGUUCUUCAACGAGUUUAAAAGGUCGUGGUUUGUGAUUGGUGGAUUUUGAUCCAUUUUGUGCGUUUCUGUGUUUCAAGGUUCGUUGCUUGUGAUCGUAAUUAUAACAUAGGCACGUUAAACGUGCAUGAGCUAUUUUGAAUACUUCGGUGUAACCUUACCAAGAAUGAUGAAUCUGCCUUUUUUCAUCCUAAAUGUAGAUUUGGUUUUUGUGCGAAAUUGGGUAUUGCGCUACAUAAAUGAAAACGCGAAACGCUCAGCUGAGUCGAUCCUCAACCUAUAUAUUCACUUUCCUCUGUCUUUCCCUUUUACAUCUGGUGCAAGUUGAACAAAUUGUUAAAGUAAAAUAAAUUUAUACUCACCAAACGUUGAUUAGAAGGAAAACUCUAAGGUUUCCUCGGAGUUUCUUAAGCCAAAAUGUGACUCAUCGAAUACUGAGUAGUUACGAAAUACAAGGAUUUUUAUAAUUGUGGUAGAUGGUUGCAUCAUCAUAAUUCACGAGGUUUUCACGUGCGAUUCUACUCAGUGAAACAGUCUUUAACUCCGACAACUUAUUUCAUGUUUUAAAAGCUACAAGAGCCUUUUUUAAGGCAUUGGUUACAAAACGAAAUAGGUCUUCAUACGUCCAAGUUACUAUUUAUCAUUGUGAAAAGCCAAUCUGCAUGAGAUGUACAGUCACACAGCUGGCACUUGAAAGUGUUGGACUUUCCCCCCUUUCGUGGUUCGUACGUGAGGGAAUUCGAGUUAUCACACAGUAAUCUAGUAAACAGAAUUAUGAAAAUAACUCUUGCACACAAUUUGCACGUGAAGAUGUUGGUCUUUGGCCCUUUUCCAAUUCGUACGUAAAAAAAAAAGGCAAAUUGUUUUACUACAAAAUUUUCUCAAGCGAUUUUUUUUCAGAAAUCACCUCGGCUUUAUUACAACAUCUGCAAUUAAAUUAUGUUUCAUGCAACGUCAAGGUUGAUAGCCUAACAUUUAUCAACUUCCAAGACAAUUAUCAAACUGCCGAAAUAUAUUGCUACUUGUAUCAUGUUACUCCACUCAAUACAACAGUAUCUAAUUAUUGUGUCAACUAGCUUCUUCCAAUUUUAUUCCCUAACGCUACUGUUUUUACUUACGUUACGCGUCUUUACUAAAUAAAAUACGUUUCAGAAACUAUAAUACUUAGUAUGCAGGAAGGAUGUAUCAUGUUGUUCACUUAUUGUUCUUUUUUUUUGUUUUGCCCGAACGAAAAAGGUCUGUUGAACUUUGUAAGCGAGAGAAUAAUAUUUUUAAAGCUUGUUUACAGGAUUAACAAUACUCGGUACAGCUUUCACAAAAAUAAGCUGCCUUUUUAAACUUCUAAAACCACAUUUUAUAGGGCGCAUACUUUCGAAUUAAAGUCUAUAUCUAAAUAUCAAUUAUUGCUUCAUUGGAAGAACUUUGAAAAUAUAUGAUCUUUUAUACUCUACCCAGUUGUAGCAGGUGAAACAGAAAUCAUACUGACGUGCGUUGUACUGAUAGCCGAAUUAGGUCAGAAAUGCCUUGAAGCAGCAUCCAUACUAAAAUAUGAACCCUUAAACAGCUGCAUCAUUGUACACAGCGUUUGAAUCAUGAAGAUAUUUAAUGUAAUUCUUCCAAACACCUCUAGCCGUAAUAAAAGACGAAAAAAUUGUGAAGAAUAUAGAUGGCGGUCUCAAAGUGCCCUUGUUCGACCUUUACCAAUGUCAUGUUUAAGUAGAUGCUAAGAUCUCAUUGGUUCCUAAGCAUCAACUAAUAGUACCUUCAACCUUAUUGGCUCUUGCAACAAACAUCCGAACAUACAAAGUUACAAAGAUACAAAGCCACAAAGAUACAUACGCUCUCACCACGGACAUAUGAGCUAUUUUUUCAAAAUAGCUCAAUAAUUGGCGGCAGCGCAGUAUUUACUGGUCUGGACAAUCUUUUGAGUUGAUCGAUUUACCUGGAUUUUAUUAGGUGUAUGGCCACGCUGAGUACGGUUCAACGGAGCUCCGUUAUAUAAGUCGUUUUAAUUAGUAAUUCUUGCGCUAAUAGGCGAACAAAAUUCUAUGUUUGAAAUGUCAUGUAGAAAGGAGCCUCUGCGUGGCCCUCAUUAAAAAGAUAUCAUGCAGGAAAUGGAAUAGGCUCUCUUAGUGCAUACGAGAUUAUAGUGAACCUAACUACCUGACGGAAGCAUUGUUGUCUGUUGCAUUUGCAUGUAUAUUGAAGAUAAGUAGAAAACAACUAGCAUACUAUCAAGAGUUCUGCCUGUGAUUGGCUAACUACUCGUUGUCCAUUGCAUGAUUAUAAGAUAGCAAGCCAGCGUGAUCCUGUUAGUAUGUAAGCUAUCAAGAAAAAUAUAUGAUAAUAUAUAUGCUUGCGUAUAUAUUGUACUUUGCUCAAUUUUUUUUGCUUAAGGCGAUGGAUUCGAAUUGUCAUAAGAUGUGUUACAUGAUGCCAAAAGGAAAUACUUAACAGCAAUCUUUACGUUAUCGAUUCUAUGAAAAUGUAAAAGACCAUGCAAACUAUCUGGGCUAAAAAGCUAUAUAAGGUGCUAUCGAAAGAUGUGAGUAUUUGUAUCUUUCUGUUUAUGUUUUGGUAGCGUUAAAGAUGUGGUAUUCAUCUGACUGUAUAUAGAGUAAGACGGCAUUAAUUGUGGUAAGUGGAUUUAAAUUAAUUAUUUUCUGAGAUAGACAUUUUGGAGACAAAUUGGGGAUAUUUGUAUCUUGUGUUUCGUGCGUGGAAAUGCCUUAAAUUCAAACACAUGUAGAUUCUCGUGUGGAGGUUUUUUAUACAACAAGGAAAACAUCCAGAAAAAUUUCUGUCUGACUUAAAAUAAGGAUCGUAGGAUUGUUAUAGAAAAGUAUUAUUUUAUCGUUUCCUCCCUUGGCAAUGUGAUAAGAAUGUGUCAUUGUGCGAUUUAUGGAUCCGAAGUAAAAUUUAAAAAAGAAACCUCGGCUGCUUCCCGCAGCAACUCAGAAAACAGAACUUACACGUCGACCUGAUGGUAAUUUAUUUUUGAAAUUCCAAAACAAUUUCACAGCUGAAUUUUGAGUGACUUUUAGUUACGGACUUCUUCUCCAACGAUUUUUCUGAAAUUCCUCUGGCAUAUUUAUUAUGCAAUUAAAGCCGAUACCAGAAAUUUCAGUACAAAAUAUCAGCAUUUUUUUUUACUAGACGCGAUUUUCUUUGAACAGAAGGGUCCUUUUAAGCCCUACUUUAGCAAAAUAUAUUUACCAUCAAUGAAAUCGGAAUAUUUCGUACUAUUGUCGAACGAUAUCUGUUGUUCUUUGCAAAGUUUCUCAGCCAUCGCGUUAAAAACGAAAAAGUUAUAACGAAAACUUCGCCACAGCUAAGGGGCCGACCAUUUAACUCUUGAGGGGGUGGGGGGGGGGGUGAUUUUGAAAAAAAAUUUCCUGCAAGCGCUUGUCGGAAGAAAAAAAUUGCAUGCAGCACAAAUGUAAUAGAGAGCUUAUGGGAAAAAAGGGAAAAAAAUAUCCUGCCCACCAUAUUGCUAGGAAAAAAAAUUCUUGAUGACCAGAAAUCACCCACCCCCACCCUCAAGAGUUAAAUGGUCGGCCCCUAAAUGCGCCCGUAUUAAUUACGGAGCCACCUUAAUCAUGCCAAAAAUUUUGCAUGCAAAGGAAGAAUUAAAACAUUAAAAAAAGGUCUCUCAAAAUUAAACUCUAGGUUUUUCUUUUCUUUUUUUCUUUCAAGAAUGCUUUAAAGCUCUUAUUUUUAAGUUCACUUAUAAAAAAACGAAAUUAAACUAUGUUCAUACGUGUAAUUAUAUUUUGAUAUGAAAAGCUCUCUUUAGGCAUAAUUCAGCGGUAGUGAAUUGCUAUCAAGAAUAAAAUAUGAAUGUAGUUUUUGUUGUCAUUAUUUGUUUAAUUUGAUUUGGCUGUGUAACAGACGACCACAAAUUGUACUGCUACUAAAAGUCGUCUCACGAGAAAAAAAAAGUAAACGCUUGUUUCUGUAUUUGAACAGGUUUUAAGCGCGUUUGAUCACAUCCUCUUGUAUGUUAAUUUGUGCUAUAUAAAUAUAUAAAAUAUUAUUAUUAUUAUUGUUGUUGUUUUUCUCUUUAUUUCCAAGAGGACACAACCCAACACUCGUAUUUAAUGCAAUAAAAAGAAGCAGGCCGGAGUCAACAACAAUAAGAGCCAAAUAAACGGCAAAUGAAACAGUAUUGUCUUAUUGACGCCGCAAAAUUAAAUAAAAUGAUGUAGAGAAAGGUUUACGGCAAUCCAAUAAUACAGACAUUAUAUACCCACCAAUGAUUGGUUCAAAGCUUUACACUUGAUUGACAGGUGUCAAAUGUAAAUUGCCGGGAAAAGAUGAAUACUUCCACUUAUUUGUUCCGACUACACCGCCAAGACAAUUUGACUUUGAAUGAUUAUUGACUUAUUCAUCGUCUGCGUGCAAGUUAGAUCGUAUUCCUUCGAGUCAACGUGAGUAUAAAACAUUCGUAUCCCUUCGGUAAAAUUAUAAAAACCAGCUAGGGUAUCCUCGCUUGAAAAUAUAUAUUGCUAUUUUCCUUGAAAAAUUGCCACUGAGAGAAAAAAAAUUUCACUGAGCAAAUUAUCUUGCUAUACAAAGUUGAUAUGAAGCCUCAGUGACUUUGUGUUGUAACUGCUCUUGCGCUUCGACGCACCGUCGUCUUUUUAAUGAAAUAUUGUCCAGGAGUCAUGUAACCACUGUUUGUUUGGUUAAUACAAUCCAGAAACUUCGGGGAUUCUGGAUUGCUAUUGCUCGGCAGGUUUCCAUAGCAUCAGUCAUGCAUAGGUUUACAAAUUAUCUUUUUUCACUAUAAUUAUUAUAUUUUUGAACAUAAGGCAACUCUUUAUGUUAUUAAUUUUUAUAGCAAAAUUAAGAAAAAUUCAAGCCUUAAGAGGAACGUGUAUUUAUUUCAUUUUAUUUAUUUUUUGGCAGACACAAUGCAUCUCUUUAAGCACACAAUAUAACAAGCUAUAAAUGCUCGGCUACAUACGACAGAUAUUUGGUUUUCACCUUUCAAAAGUCGAAGAGAAAUUGAUUCACUUUAAAUUUAAGCUCAAGCUUUUCAAGGCCCAUUUUUGUUUGUUUUUCUGCAAGGCGGAAUAUGUACAGAACUCCAGUUGUGAGCAUUAUGUGAAUGACAAAGUAGACUCUCUUUGUUUACAUAACACAGUGGCAGAUUUCAAAAAUGCUGCACGCGUGCCUUUCGAAAAUUGCCAUUGCCAUAGCAGCGAAGUAAAGAGUUUUAUGCUCUUAAGUUAUCGAUUUCUUCCUUUUGCAAUUUUUCGUUUAAGACAACAAUUUAUCGAUCCAUUUGUUUUGAUCAUUUAGUGACUGAUACACAUAUGUAAUGAGAUGCCCGCGUGGGCAUCGCGUCGAUACGAUUGUUUUUCAAUCCUUUUACGGGAUUAAAUCGAUUCACUCGUUUCAGUCAACUAUGAACUCCAAAAUUCCAUAAUGAGUGGGACACAAACACGCUUAUACUAACGCAACUAAAGCUUACACUAUACUUUACAGCUCCAAAGUUCGUUCCUGCCCAACAUCAGUUGGAAAGGGUCCAGUUAGUGAAGUAGCUUUAAACGCUUUGAGCGCAUGUUCACAGAAAACAAGAAAAAAAGGGGAAAGGACAUUAUAAACCGUAAAAGGAAUAAAUAUAUUGACGCAAAACGAGAAAGGAAAAAGAAUGGAAUUAACUGACUCCUUAACAGUCUGGUCGACAUCUAGACCCCUUCAAGGUUCUCCAAUCUUGUAAACACAAUCGUACAACCGGCUAUUUCGCUCAGGGAUUAUAUCUUUUGUUGUUUCGUUCUUGUGCAAAUAAGGGCUAUUGUUAGUAGAAUUAGUUUUUAUCAUUGAGAGGGGCUUAAAACGCAAUGGAUUUUGGUAAAUGAAUUUCAAUGUAGUUAAAUGGUUGCAUCAAAACUGCCCUGACAGAUGUGUAAGAUCAUAACAUUGUGCUUCAAAAAUAUUGUCAUAGAGACAACCGAGCGAAAACCAAUAAGUUUUUAUCUUCUCAUCCACUGUCAUAGUAGACAGAUUCUUUUUCCACAAUAGUUUGCUUUUUAUCGACUAUUUUUGCCUUUAAUAACCGUUUUUAUUGCCCAAAAUAAAUCAUCAUUUAGAUUUUUUUUUUUGUCUACUUUCUUCCCUUUUUUCGGACAUUAAUUCAUCUUUAUUUUUAAUUCAAAAUGGCGUGUUGUUUACCUGUAAAUUGGACAGCAAUUAGAUAUUCCCUGUACAUAUUCUUCUCUAGCCCCCCUCCCCUGGCAUUUCAAGAACAGGUGACCUGUUACGAAAUAUGAAGUCAAGAAAUAAAACUCAUAAAUUUAUUUAAUUUUUACGCUGAAAAGACCGAAUGAUUUUUGAUUUCAUAGCACGUAUUUUAGCCGUAAGCAAUAGAACAGCAGAUAAGAGUCCCUGUUAUAUAUUCUCUCUCCUUCUCCCAGCUGUUUCUAGAGUACACCAAGAAAACCGAAUGAUUUCUGCUUAGCUCGAACAGUAUCCAAUUUCAAAAAUCCAAAAAUCAAUUUUAGUGCAGGUGUAGUUCGUUUUAAUUUGUAUUUUGGAUUAUUGUUUUUAUCGGAAGUACUCCCUUCCGCUCUCAUCAGAGUACACAAUUUUGGGGUAUAAAAAAAAAAAUGUGCAUUUGUGCCCCCAGUUCUGUAAACUGUAAUUAUGCCUGAAUGAAAAAACACAUUGUCUGAAAUCGUCAUAAAUUUUGGAGUACCAUUAAUUGAAUGUCUUAUUUAAUGUAUAAAUUGACUUACAUCAGGCCGUUCGCCUUGGCAAUAAGAACUUUCCGUAAGUGAUGAGAUCGACAUACGUGCUUUUUCAAAUGCCACGAAAUGCAACAAAUGUUUUGUUGCUUUUGUAACUACAUUUCCUUUUUUCGUUUAUUCCAUAGAUUGUGAUAGUUUUUAAACCAUCAGCAAUGGCUUUCUAUGGAUGUUUGAAGUCUGGCAGUUUGACUGCUGUUGUCGUACUGGCUCUCUUUGGAUUUUUCACAAACACUUCAGGAGCACUUCUCGACUGUCCUGAGAAGAUGACUGUUGUUUGGAAGGCACAUCACUCUCGUCCACCCUACGUGGAUAAAACAUCCAACAUUUCCACUCAUUAUAGUGGAAUUCUUCCAGGUUAAGUGUUUGAAAUUUAACCCUUUCACUCUUAAUAGUGGCAAAAUACAAGUUGUUGUUUUUUUCUACAAUCGUAAGUGAAAAACAGGGGCACCUAACGACUUUUUCUGUGAAAUAUCUGUGCGGAGAAACAAAUGUUGGCUAGAAUUUUCUAUUACUUGAGGACAGCUAAAAAUUUCUAGAUGAUCGUUCCAUUCAUGCAUGUACAAUCUUCGAAGCUUAUGUAACAAAUUCCGUACAAGUUUUUAAAGUUUAAUUUUUCACAUUUUUCUCCCAAGGCUAGGCUCUUUUUCGUAGAAAAAUGGAAACCUAAAAUUUUCGGAUUCAAAAAUGUGAUGGAGAGGGGAAUCAGGAAAAUUCUCACUUAUGUAAUACGUUAAAUUGCAUCUAAAAUUUUCGGGAAAAUAAUACUGAAGCCCUUGUAAUUUCGAAGACUCACGUUCGCCUAGAACGACCGAACAGAUGUAAAUUUUAUAGCGCCGCUUAGAAUGCGUUUCUGGAGAUCUAAAAGCACUCUGGAUAGCUUAAAAAGUGUUUUCAAUAUUUCAACAACAAUUUAGGAGGAAAUCGUCGUUAGGUGCCCCAGUGAAAAAGUACCACUCAACAUGUUUCAGCUGAAUGGUCACACAGGGCGGUUUACUUUCUAAAUUAAGUAAGAAUCAGACAAAAUGUCUCCCCGCAGCUCGCUUUUCGUGAAAGGUAACACGAUUAAGCUUUUUUAUCUAUCUAAAAUCUGUGGUGAGUGCAUGCGCUUAUUGACUCUAUUUAAAGCCCAAAAAACAGUGAUCGCGUUAUUUCAGUAUUUAUAGGUUUUUCAGUUGCAGACAGAGCAGUAGAUUUACUAUAAUGGAGGAUGCUUUUGUGCUUUCGAUUACGGUUAUGGAAGAUACAUUUUGUUAGUUAAAACAAAAGGAAGGUAAUUAUUCUUAGCUUGGAGAUAUUCGUUGAUAUUUUAGGGGCGACAUGCACUGGAUUUUUGCUCAUACUGUAACCAUCGUGUUUUCCGUUUUCAUAUAAAAUGAAGAUGUUUUGUGAAUCCGCAUACUGUAAAUUUAAUACGAGUCUAGGCACCUAAUGUUUGCGAUCUUAAUUUUUUAAAAAGAUGUCCAUUGCGACACGCUCAACUUAAAUGUAACUGGUAAAGCUAACUAAGCACAGAAAUAAAGACUACUGACAGUUUAUUUUCCCUUUUCAAAUUUGAGAAAAGAAUGAUUUUUAUAGACACGGGAAAUCAUGCAUAUUGGAUUUUAAACCACCAUUUGGCAAAAAUGAAUCUCUAUUAGCGAAAGUUUUUGGGACGUAUUUAUCAAACAUUUGGUACCAUAAAAGGAAACACGCGGCAGUUUUUGCAUUUUUAGUUUACCACAAACCUCUCAAAUUGGUAACUAACAAUAAAAAGUAAAAAACAAAGCAAAUUAUACUGCGUGGCGUGUUUUGAUAUCUGAUAAAAUACUCUUUUUUGGGUCUUUACGUCCUCGUUAAAAUUUUAUUUUUUUGAAACUGGGUGUUUAAUUGCAAAAUCAACCACCUCGAUGGUCAUCAAUGGCUAUUGCUAGCGUCGUAGUUUCAGUUCUUUCUCAGUGGUUUAUAAGUGAUGAAACACUGCGUCGUGUUUGAUGUUAAACUUUUACAUCAUUUUUCGACAGGUUGUAGAAUUAGAGUGCACCGCGUACAAGAGGGGUGGGGAAUCUGUGGUCUAUGCAAUACCACUUUUGACAAAGAUCAGUUUAAUUAUGACUUGCGUCGCCCCAAUCAGUGCCAAAAAACCCUUUAACAACUUCUGUAUAUCUAGUGUCAAAAUUUCCAAUUUUCAGCUCUGUCCAUAAAAUAUAGUGGUCAAAGACAAGCAGACUUUUUAGGCAUUUCAAUUUCAUGCAAACAAUAAUUUAGUAGCGUAUUGCGUGCCUCUGUUGGGUUCCAGCAGACAAUCGAUCAAUCCUACUCAUUAGUUGUUUUACAAAUGUAUCUAUCUGGCGUUUUAGUUUAGACCUUAAUGUACUUUUUUAGAGAAAAUGUAAGAAGACUUUCCAUCCUUAAAUUUUCAUCAGUGACUCUCUUUGGUAAAUAAGAUCCACCUUUGACUUAUCUCUCAUUAUUUCUUGGAGAACCUUCGUGAUACGCUGAAAAGUCCACAAACCCCUCACAAGUUAAAGGAAAAGCUUACCACAUUUUAUUGGUGAUUCUAGGGUGACAUUAGAAUCUUAACUUAAAACCUACCUUUUUAAGAAUUUUUGUUUUAGUCAUUAGGAAGAUUUAUUUGAUUUUAUGGGUGUUUUAUUUAAAUUUAAAUUUAUUUUAAUCAAUUUUAAUUCUAAUUUUUUCACUUUGUUAAGGGCCUAGAUCUAUUACUGGAUAGGCGCUAUAAAAAUGUUAUUAUUAUUGUUGUUAUUAUUAUUGUUGUUGUUAUUAACGAGGCGAAUCAGGUUUAUGUUCGUCAUUAUAAAUAAUAGUUGUUAGCGAGCAGUGAUUUCGCCCCAGUCGUGGCCGAUUUGCUCGUAAACAAGUGUUGAAACAAAACUAUGGUCAUACAACAAAAAACACAAAACUAACUGGAAUUAAUUUUCAUGAAUUUCAUUUUUUUUUUUUGCAGAUUUUCUUGAGUUCUUUUUGACUGAGUGUUGCCGAAAAAGGGUCAAUUUGGUUUACAACGAUUCUGAUACAGCUGAUUCAGAUUUAUUUCUCCCAACUAUCGUCAAUCUUGAAGCUGACUGCAAUACCAACAAACCAACAAAUCUUGUUCCUAUUGUGCCAAAUACGGGGAUAGCGUUCGUAGUUGUCAAGAACAGUAAAAGUAACCAAUCGAUGGGAAUGUGGAAAUCCCUUUUAGCAACGUGGCCUGUUCUUGUGCUAACGCUCUUUUUGUCAUUGAUCGCUGGGAUGAUUGCGUGGUCAUUGGUAGGUUGAAUAAAUAAAACGCCCUUUGGCUCCUAACAGUAUUAGGGCGUAUUAUAUCUUGGUCUUUUAAACCGAGCAUUGACUUUUAGGUCCCAUUUGGUCAUAUCAUAGGUGCAGUUUUAAAGUGAGGUUUAUUCCAGAACCAUGAGACAAGAAUAGUUAAAGAGACCCUAGCUUUAAUUUGAGGUCUUAGGGUCGUGAAAAAUAUUCCAAAGCGAUAAUUUAAGCUCUCGAAUCAAUGAAAGGCUAAGAUUUGUGCAAAUGACUGAUAGUCAUAAUAAUUCUUUGAAUUACGCUCGGCAGUAUUUGAAGCUUAAUGUAUGGUUAGUGAGGGCGAGAAAACUACUGAAACAAAAACAAAACAAGGUUAAGAAUCCCAGUUGGCCGGAAACAAACAUCAAACAUGUUGGCUAUUGACAUGCAAGUCUAGUCUUACCGUCAGGGCGGAAAUGGAACUCGGGUCCUCUGGAUUGCAAGUCCAAGCCGUAUACUAUCGGCGUAUACGUCGACCGAUAUAUUUACUAGUUUCUAACGUUAAUACAAUUUUAAAAUAAUCUGUGACAAACAGCUGAAAGUAGCUGAUCGUUUUUGGACUUGUUUUUAGGAGGCCAGGAAAAAUUCAGAGAACUUUCCUUCUUCAUUUUCUAAAGGAACUUGGGAAGGUUUUUGGUGGGCGUUCAUAUCUAUGACCACAGUAGGGUAAGUUGUAUGUUCUUUUUGUUGUUGUUGUUUUUUUUUUAGUGCUCCAUUAAGGUACAUCACUAGACGUUGAAACCCAGAAUCAGAACCAAGUAAUAGCAAAGUUACAAGGUUUGUUACACGGUUUGGGCAAUUGCGAGCCUGAGUAUAAGGCGCUUCUAGGAUAAAGGGCUAAGAGAGAAGCGAAGAGGGUAGAGAGCUAUUACUCCCUCCGACCUUAACCUCCCCUCUCCUUAUGCAGGUAUAAGUGUUUGGACGGAGAAGGGAUGGGGGGGGAGGGGGUGAGUACGAGCAAAGGUGUAGCAUGUGAUUAUGAUUAUGAUUAUGAUUAUGAUUAUGAUUAUGAUUAUGAUUAUGAUUAUGAUUAUGAUUAUGAUUAUGAUUAUGAUUAUGAUUAUGAUUAUGAUUAUGAUUAUUAUUAAUUUUUUUUUGCUUGUUUGCAAAGUUUUGGCUAAAUUCCCUACCCUCGGGACUGGAAAAUAGUAAAAUUUUGAUAAAAUAUUCCUUCGCCUCAGUUUGGAGCAAAAUUUGAGGUCAAAAUCCCCAGAGACGAAACAGAGGAAGUGUUCAGAUGCCAUACCUAAGCCCAUUUCCCCCUCCGCCUCCCCCUCCCCUCAGCUGCAUAUUUCCUAAGGAAGGCCUCAGGCUAAGCAGUUACCCAAUAAAAUUCGUUUACUUGACAAGUUUUGCAGGUUUGACUAAAAACGUAAAAACGUACAUUUGUGAUUUACUUUUGCUAAAAGGGGUGACUUGUAAAAUAAUUACCGACGGGGGGAGGGGGGGAUUUCAAUAUAAAAGUGACAGGGAUGCUCGUCGUCUCUCUUAGGGUUGUAAUUGCAGAUUUUAGUCUCACUUAGGGUGUUUGGGACGAAAAGUCACUAUAUUUGCCCAUUCAGGCAUCGCUUAGGGCUGUGCAUAAAGAAAUGUACAAAAACGGCCGUGACACUGACUUCACAGAAAUCUCAUUUGUUAAAAAAGAACACAACAAGCCCGUUUCUUUUUUUUUAGAUCCUUAACUCUUAUUAAGAUGUCUGUUUUAGGGGUCAGUUUAAGCUUGAGCCACACCCACAUUGGUCUCCCUUAGGGGUUCAAUUUUAAUUUUCUGACGAGCACUCUCGUCACUUUUAUAUGGGAGUCCCUCCCCCCCGCCCCCCCGUCCGGCCGGGUUACCGACACUGUUGGAAUGACUGAUAUAACAGUUAUCUCUCGCAAAUUGUACUAAUAAGCAAACCCUUAAACCAAUAUUCACAAACCUUCGUGACUAUCUCGAAAAUUUGUAAGUCUGGUAUUCCUUUUUUGUCAUAGAUUUUUUUCACGAGAUGUUACAAUAAGAUUUCAAAGAACCAUUUUUUUGAAAACCGGCAGGUUAACCGCAAUUGUUAAUUGUAACCUUGAAUUAAUGCCCAAUCUUGUUUUAACUUCCUUUUAGAAAUUCUCGUUUGAAGUCAAGAUUGUUUUUCCCUCUAUUAUUUAAAUUAUCAUUAUUAUUACUUAAUUUCUUCCCAUUCUGGCAUUCGACGAAAAUCAAUAUGGCCUUCACUGGAAACGAUAUUAGUCCUUUGAGACAAAUUCUCCCUUCAGAAGCUUCGUUUUCGAUACUUUUCCUUGUUUCAGGUAUGGAGACCGUUGUCCACAGUCAGUUGGUGGUCGGCUGUUCGCUGUUUUUUGGAUUUUAGUUGGUAUUUGCGUCUGUUCCGUUUUCACCGCAUCUUUGACAAGUUCUUUGACCACGCUCUCAUUGGAAACUAAAAUCAGCUUGCCAGGAGCGAGGGUAAACGAUUAAUGGCCAAUAUUAUGAGCUGUACUAUGAUGAUGAUGAUUAUUAUUGUUAUUUUUCUAAAUAUAUAAAAAAGGAUUUUAAGCAUGUUCCGUAAUGAUUUUGGGUAGAUGGUCAUUCGGCUUUGGCGAAUUAUUUUUUUGCGCUAAACAGUAGUUAUGUAUAACCGGUCUUUAAAUAUGAAAAGUUGUUUGUGCGAGACGGACAUCUUUUUUCACGUGAACAGUUAUUCAUACAGUGUUUGAGUAUUUUCUUGUAUUUCUCCUGUUCUGUAGGUCGUGACCUUAAUCAAUUCUAUUGAAGCUACCACAGGAUUUCGAAAUCAAGCGAAUCUCACCCGUGAGUGUUCAAUGCGAUCACAUUACUUACCCACAGCGUUUAAUUAACUUUAACUUAAACAUUAUAUAGUAGCUAAUUACAUGCAGAUUAAGCGUAGUUUAGAUUAGCUGGUGAUGUAAUUUCGUUUAGAAAGUGUCAUCAGUUUCAUCAUUGCAUACUAGUCACUCUUCUUCUUUUCUCUUUCAAGGUGUGCAAACGGCAAGAGAAAUACAUGAGCAGUUGGAAAGUGAAAGUGUCCAAGGUAUCGAUUUUGCCUUCUUCAAUAGAGAGGAGAAGCGUGUCGUCACGUAACCAAAAUUUCUGAAUUACAGAAAUAGGGAACUUAAUCAACGACAUACAAUGGCGGCGGCGGCGGCAACGAGAACGGCUAAAAAGCAAUAGGUUUAGAUUGGCAAAACAACAACUCUGCACGUGCAUCACGCUUUUUGUACAUUUCUUAGCCUUCCUGGCACGACUGCCAUAUGAACUUCCUAAUUUCACGCGCCCACUCUAUGGAGUUCAUAAACACAACACAAAAAUUGCCUUUUCUUGUGGUAAACUUAGAGAAAGAAAAUGUUGCCAACAUUUGGCAAAAUAAUUGAAAGUGAAAAAGAUUGAUGAAGUUUGAUACAGUCAGAAUUCACUUUGAUGCUUUUGGUUUGUCAUCCAGAAAUUUUUUCGUUACCAUGGCAACGGGGCAUAACGACUUCUCUCUAUUGUUAUCCAAAUAUUUUCAGUAAAUGUAUAGCCUGCGUAGCUGGCGUCAAAUUUGUACGCUUGAGUGUACAAAGUGAAUAUGCCGCUUAAACAUUGAUUUAGAAAUCAUCCUCUCUUAUUGGUACCAUUCUAGUCCUAGCAGUAUGUAGUAUGUUUGUCACAUGAUUAAACCUAGUUUAGUGGCCCUAGCUUCCACUAGUCUCCUGUAGCUCAAUGGUAGAACAUCUGGACUGAGUAACCAGAAGUUCAUAGGUCCGGCUCCUAUUAGGAGUACUUGGAUUUGCUGUUCCGAGCCGGCUGUGUCUCUGACUGAAAAGUCAUAUUUCUCAACUAGAAUGCAUAUGGAACGAUGGUAAAAUAAAUUAAGGGCCUGUUUGCAUGGAGAGAGGGUCACCCUUGUGCUAGAGUUAUCCUAGCAAGCGGGUUAAAGUUAGCUCUUGUUUUACAAGCAAAUUUCACAGGUAGGGUACCCUCCCCCCUUGUAAACAGGGCCUGAAACGUGACCCUUUUUCGUACCUUUAUUUCGACACAUUUUACUGCUUGGAAGUACAAAAACGUUUCUGCCGUGUCCUCUCGUAGGUUGAUAUAGACUAAGUUUAAGUAUUACUACUAUCCAGUGUAACACAAACAAUCAAUUGAACUAUACUGACCGUCUUUUAAAUAACUUGAUUUCUUCUAUCUACAGGAGCUUUAAUGGAUGCCUAUUCACUCGUUCACUUCAGAAAAUAUUAUCCAACAAAGAAGCUGCAAGUUCAGGAAAUAAUUGCACAAAGAAAACUGGAAUAUGGUGUAAAAGUUAAAAAUAUUGAGUUAGCCAAUUGCUUUAGAGAGAAGAGGUACACGGAGGAAUCAAGUUUGCAGGAGAUGGCAGAGACUACUCUGGAGAGCCCAUUAACGGUAAGCGCAUUACUUCAGAAAUCUAAGCUACUUUUUAUCCAUCUCUGUCGAGUUUUAUCUAUUCAUUUACUUACGUAUUUGCUGAUACAUUUGCUUACAGCAGUAGUACUCAAUAGUAGAUGUGUGUUAACUUUAAGACGAUCGCAAAUUGUAGCCGCAGGUUAACCUUUUCCACCUCGUAUAUUCAGUAGACAAACCAAACUAAUGUGUGAAUGAGAAAUGGUGAAUUCAGUUUGCAAGGGAAACGCAGUAGAUGCCGAGAUCACCGUUUAAGCACUAUCAAGCCAACUCUUGCAAUAAUCAUUGGAAUGUUCCGCUUUGAUAUCGGUAUCGUCAUCAUCAGUCAUUAUUAUAGUGAUCGCAGUAAGAUUGAAAUUUAUCAGAACUAUAUCUCACUUUUAUUUCUAUUGUGUAUUUAGAGUGCGCUGGGUGACGAAGACAAAGAGGAGCAGAGUAACCUCUUCGACCCCGAAGGUCUGCUGUUUUUUCCGAUGCUGUAUACUUGCGUGGGAAUAACAGCCGUCUUUAUUGUUGGUGGAGUGUUGUGGGACCUUCUUCACAAGUGCAGUCUUAUCAAAAAUAAAGGUUUGAAUUCAGCCCGACAGAUUUUGUUAGCCAUCCAAACUUCCAUUACCCUAGGAGCAUAGCCUUCUGUCGUCCUGAGGGGGAGGAGAAAGGGACGCUCUCAUAAUUAGUAUUAGUAUUUACCAAAUCAGUGAAUAGCAGUUUUAGCGCGUUUUGAUUGGUUCCCGUAACUCGGAAUAUCCUUGGCUAUUCACUGUUUUGCGACCAGAGCCAAGAUGUCUCGUUUUAAGACAUUUUGGUAAGACGGAAUUUGAGCGAUAAAUGAAGCAGUCGUACAAAGAAAUACCAGCGACGAACGUUGGCUUGUCAGUGUUUACUGUGAAUAGGUAGUAAAUUAUUUUCAUGCUGAAUUUGCGACAAAAGUGGUAAAAAUCACUUGACAAAAUCGCCGAAAUGUUUGUAAAUUGUAAACAAAAAAGUUCCUACCAAGUGACGUUUUUAAUUUACAGAAGUUAUUUUCUUCAUUUUUAUCCAACUGAUUUGGUAAUACUAAAACAACUAUCCCCCUCAGAGUAUUCACCUCCCCCUCGUGGGAUAGUUGUAUAACAUAGCAGUUCAUGAGGGCGAACGUGUUUCUCUGAUAUUCGACUUGAUUUCGACCAAGUGAAUGUGUUUUCCCUUUUUUGCCGUUCAAUCGUUUUGUACCGUUUUUUUUUUUUUUUUUUUUUUUCUUCGUUCAUGUACGUUUUUUUCUUUCCUUUUCUUUGUUUGUUUGAAUUUACAUUGGUUUAUACUUGUGUCUCCAUGAAACAACCUCUUUUUAAAAUAUUCAUAAUUUAUCUAUAAUGCCUCCUAGCUAAAUUAGCUUUUUAGCUAUUUUCAAGGUAUCUUGUCCCUUACAUAAUUGGUAUUGCCUUUUUUGUCUUUUUUUCUGUGUGUGGUUAAAUAAAAUUCUUGUCUUGUCUGCCUGAAUCGCGUAAAGCUUUUGAAGUCGCCGUCUGCUGGUAGCCGCAGCCCCAUGGAACUUCUGGAUUUGUCAAUCUUGUUUUCUCUCUUUAAACGGGUUUGAUAAACCGUCAAACGGGUUUGAUAAACCGUCAAACUGGUUUGAUAAAACCGAGAUGGUCAUAACUGAGGCCGCUGCUUCACGCACACGGCUAUUACAAUUAAGCCUGAAUUCGAAACUAUAUCCAAGCAACGUGCAAUAGAGCAUGCUCACAGAGAAGGUCUGAUUCGAUUCAUGCAGAGUCUUUCUCAAGCGGAAGAAAGGCUCAGUUGGUGACCUGAACUUUCAUGGGCAAUGAAUGAAUGGCGUUCGGUAUUGAAUUAAAACUUUGUCCCAAAAGCGAAAAUUCAACUGAUGAACAUGAAAAAAUGAAAACUACGAGUGCCCAAUUCCUUGUCAUUAUGCCGUGUUUUUUUUCUUUCGGUUACUGAAUCGUGGCUAAUCUGGGAUCAGCCGUUUCGUCUUACCUUUAAUUUUCACGUUCUAAUUAUCGCUAUUCAGAAGUAUCAGCUGAAGUAUAGGAGUAUAUUUACAAAUUAAAUAUUCCAGAGUUUUAUUUAAUUGAAAACAAAACACGAUGAAGUAAGUCUAGUAAUUUUGCCAUGAAGCACGGAGUUAAGAAAAUGAUUAUUAAUAAUGUUUUUCUUGUUUAAGCAUGUAAUACAUUAGAAGUUUGUACUUGUUUUCAGAUACUGGCAGAAUGCACAACAUGACAGUUUCUUUCAAGAAAGGAAACCUGCUCAGUCGACAUGUCAAGUGUUAUAUAAGUAAAGAGAAGUUACAAGAACUUGAGGACAAAAUUCAAGAUGUCAAUCGAACAUUAGACGUCUUAAAGAAUGAAAUCGUAGUGGACAGAAGAUUCACACACAAGAACCAAAAUUGCAACGUGUGCCUCUAAAUUUUGCAAGAUGACGUUUUUUUUUCUUUGCUACAUAAGACCAUACCUUCAGGGGUGUGCUUUCUUGUGCAAAUUAGAAGUAAGCCUCGCUGGGAUGACCAAAUUUAAAUAUAACUGAAAGGAAAAACUAAAUGGGUUCUGGUCGUAGUAUCGUGCAAAUGGCCUAUUUUGAUGGAUAUUUGCCUCAAGAUCAUGGAAGUGCAAGGUGUGCAGGUCGGGGAAGCAUGCUCUUUUGUGGACAGGACUGUCUCAAUCUUCAUCGAGUUUAGCACACCUUUCUCUAAGACUAGAGAUAAUCCAAGGAAACGUAUACAUUUCCCUGAGUGUAAAACAGUUCAGUGUCAUAGAUAACGUAUUUUCUCAAUUAAACCCCGUCGGCAUUUGUUUUAAACUUGCCCUGCCAAACCCGAAAUUUGUUGGAAUCAGCAGUUUAUGUCGGCUCGUUAGUGUUGCAAGAAAUGGUUUUUCUUCUCCCGUUUAAUUAGCAGUCGUGUAUUUUGCCUUUCAACUUUAAGUUUAUUAUGCGUAAAUGUCCGAGGGACUUAUUUUCAGCUUCCUGGUUUAGACACAACGUUUCCUCGGGGCACAGCGUUUAGUCGCGAAAAUUAGGUUACGCUGUCUUGUCUGUAGGCGCCACGUUUAGUGAAUGGUCGCGCUUUCGUAUCUAAAUUCGACGAGUUGAAAUUUGUCCUUGUUUGUGCCCCUAAGCUACCCCAGCCAUAGUUCUGAGUAACCUUUCAAGCCCUGAGAAAUCAGCAUCAAAUUUCCCUUGUAAUGAACGGGUUUAAAUCAGUUCAUUAAUAAAAGCCGGCAUUUCAGAGCAUUCCGUGUGCAAAGAGAUUGAAGGAAACUGAAUGUUAGCAUUGUUUGGGAAACCUGAUAAAUCAUUAAACCAUGCAAGGCUUUUGAAUAACGAAGCAAUUUUACGAUGAAAAAAACGAUAAAACUGUUCAGUAAUUGGCGCCAAUUUUAAAUGAAAAUUGUUUGAAAAGAGCAACUUUUCAUGUAUUUCCAGAAUAAUAAUAAUAAUAAUAAU